AUGAUCGGCGUUGCUGCUCUCACUUUGUUGCUGGUGAAUGUGCCGUUCAGCCAUUCAUGUGACGAAGUAGAACAAGUUCUGAUCUGCCCGAACCUGCCUCCAUAUUUCAGCCCUGGUUAUUUGACCCUGGUGAUGUACCUGAAUGGCGUCGGGGAGAUCAACUCCACUGUGUUUCACAGCAGCAACCUCACCUCUGUAACCACGCUCAGGAUCGACAACGCCGGUGUCACAGGAAUCGCUGAAGGAGCCUUCGGUUCUUUCCAGAACCUCAGAGGUAUCAGUUUAAGGAGGAACGCGCUGACACAGAUGAACCCUAAGUGGUUCGGCCGGCCUGCCGUCCUCAGUGAGCUCAGCCUCGCAGAAAACCAGAUCGAAGCUGUGAACGAGUCCAUGCUGACCGGGCUCAUCAACCUCACGAAGCUCAGUCUGAAUAAGAACAGAAUCAGAACCAUUGAGACAAACAGUUUUCAGUCACAGACCGACUUGGCCGAGCUGGACCUGUCAGAAAACAGGAUGACUCGGGUCUCACCGCAGGUCUUCAGGUCUCUCAGGUCCACCAGGAUCAGACUAGAUGGGAACCCCUGGGACUGUUCCUGUGGAGCUGAGGACUUUGUUGUCUUCCUAAAAGACCUUCAGAGCAGAUCUCUACUAGACAGACAGACGGCGGUGACCUGUGAGAGUCCUCCAUCUCUGAGGGGUCGACCUGUGUGGGACGUGUCGGUGUGCGUGACGUCACCUACGCCAGGACCACCGUCGGCAUCACCAACGGUCCAGCUCAGACCCACUGAUGCACUCACAACAGUCCCUGCAUCCUCUGGUACAUCUGGUUCGUCCUUUAUUUCACAGGUCCCAGAUUCACCUGCUAAUUUGAUGUAA